GAUGAUGAAUAUAAUGGAUAUCAUAUUCCCGCAAAUUCAGUUGUACUUUUAAAUAUAUAUGGAAUUCAUUUUGAUGAGAAAAGAUAUGAAAAUCCUAAAGAGUUUAGACCUGAGAGGUUUUUGGGACUUACGGAAAGAAGUGCAGUUUUAGCAAAUGGAAAUUAUGAGAAUAGAGACCAUUUUAGUUUUGGAGCUGGAAGAAGACUCUGUAUCGGGAUUCAUUUAGCUGAGUUAGAACUUUUGUUGAGUGUCUCGCGUCUUCUUUGGUGUUUCCGAAUAGAAAAUGCAUCACCAUUAGGCAAAGAUGGAAAACCAGUACCAAUUAAUUUAGACAAAGCACGUCUAGGUAUCACUGCUUGGCCUGAAGAAUAUUGUGUUAAAUUAGUUAAAAGACACGACAAUGUUGAAAAGAUUCUGUUUGAUUCAAGUCAAUAA